UUAUAAUAUUAAAUUAAUCAAAUCCUGGACUAAGGAAAAUCACUAAAAAAGCGCUGUCGUUUUUCGUGUGACUAACCGUCACUCGCCCUCCCGCUCUGUUGAAGAGCGAAACCCUAGAAAAACCCUAACGCCUUAAAUCUUCUACUCUUCGUGCUCACAACAAAACGUAAAGUAAGAACAAUGAUAGAAAGCUACGUGGUGGUGCAUAACAUAGCGAAAAGGCACAACGUGGGGACGUUGGCUCGAAGCGCCACCGCCUUUGGCGUAUCAGAAAUGAUUCUGAUUGGGCGCAGAGAUUUUAACGCCUUCGGCAGCCACGGCUCCACCUCUCACGUUAACUUUAGACACUUUCACUCCCUCACCGACGCUCGCCAAUUCCUAAAGUCCAAGGAUUGCGACAUUUGUGGAGUCGAAAUCACUCACGAUGCUGUCGCUGUCAAUCAACACCCUUUUAAAAAAAGCACCGCCUUUCUUCUUGGCAAUGAGGGCACAGGCCUUUCUGCUAAAGAAUGUGAGAUAUGUGAUUUUUUUGUCUACAUUCCCCAAUAUGGCACUGGCACUGCCUCGUUGAAUGUUACCGUUGCUGCUUCUAUUGUUUUGCAUCAUUUUGGAGUUUGGGCAGGCUUUUCAGAGAGAACUCGUGAUGGGAACAAAUUUGUUGUAGCUGAAAGACCUGUGAAACAGAUGAAACGAAAUUACUGCACAGAAACCACAGAUACUAUAAUCGAGGAGCGAAAAUCUAGACGGGAAAAUGCUUCCAACGGGUUCUUUGAUGAGAGUGGAACUGAGGCUUCGUCUUCUAAUCUUCUGGAUGCAGUUUUUGGUCAUGACGAGUGACCGGCCCUGCUACAAAAUUUUGGUCAUCAACAUUGGACGCAUUACAACGCAAUGGUCUUUAUUUUCUCAACUAUCCUAAAGAGAGGGGCUAGCAGCUUUGAAUAAUAUCAGUGAGACAGUGGCUAUUAAAAGUCCUAGUUACGGAAGUUGCUGCAAGUUUAGCCCAAUGAGUGUCUCCUCAAACUGCCAUGAGCGGCGCAUUGAUUUUGCUUGGAUUAGCAUUUCAUGGAAGGUGUAAUUGCAAUGAUCAUAUUGUUGUAUUCUUGUGUAUCUGAUAAUUAUAUGAAAGUUGAUUGAUGAUUUAAA